AUGAGACACUUUAUAACAGAACGUCAGUGCUGGGAGCAAUCUAGUCUGAGCUGGACUUUAAAAGACGGAGAAGAGUCGCUGUUGGACUCUAUUAAGGGUAGACUCGUAUUCACUUCUUGCUUCUGCUUCUUUUUUUGGAAUUCAAGCCUUUCGCCUGUAGAUAAUCUGACAAGAUGCUGAUCCUUCUGCUUGGAAUCAUCUUCCUGCACAUUUCUGCUCUUGUUCUCCUGUUUGUGUCAACAACUGUCAGUGUAUGGACAACAGGGACAAUGGGAACCUCAGACCUUUGGCUAAACUGUUCUACGGAGAGUAUAGACUGCGACGGAGCAUCAACUGGAGUGUGGAUUCAGGUGGUCCAAGCUCUGAUGAUCCUCUCCAUCAUCUUCAGCUUCCUCUCUCUGUUACUCUUCUUCUGCCAGCUCUUCACUUUGCCGAAGGGCGGACGAUUUAUCCCCACUGGAAUCUUCCAGAUCCUGGCUAGUUUGUUUGUGAUGAGCGGAGCCAUCAUCUAUACGCUGAUGCAUCCUGACUGGGUCUCAGAUGAGUACUCGUUUGGAUACGCCUACAUCCUGGCAUGGGUGGCCUUCCCUCUGGCGCUCAUCAGUGGGCUCAUCUAUGCCGUUUUGAGGAAGCGAGAAUGAAGUGCCACUCCAUCUCAGUGUUACCAGUAACCUUUGAAGUUCCCUUCUGAAUAUUAAGUUGUGAAGCCAAUAUCAAAGAAGUAACACCAAAGGCAAAAAAAAACCCAACUCAAAACACCAAUAGUGUCUGUUAAAAUGAUGUAUAUAGUAUCUAUGGUUUAAAACCUAUUUAUAACACUUUUUACAUAUAUGUACAUAGCCUUUGUGUUGCUCUGUGGACAUUAUGAGCUUUGUUUUAGCUGAAAAAGUGCCUCUGUCUUUAUUUAUAAGUAUGAUGUUAUUAUAAGAUGUUUUAUUUUGUGUUUUCAACCAUUUUUUGGAUAACUGGCAAAAAUUUUGGUAAAUUAGAAAAAAAAGAAAAGAAUUUUGCAGCAUAUUAACUAAAAUGCAUGGUUAGUUAUAUGAGCAAGCCAACUUUAAAUGUAGUCCAAAAAUUUAGCUUAGCUGUUUAAUCUAGGUUAAUUUAGUUUUAUUUUUCUUCUUUCACAUUGUUUUAAUUUCUUAUUUUAAACAAAAAAUAUGGUGCUACAUAUUUAUCAUUCCUAUUACUUAUAGCAAUUAUAUAAAAUAGUUAUUUUGUUUGGAAUCAGUGUGAAACGAUUAUAGGCGAAAGGAGACAGGAACAUUUCGCAGUGUUGGGAUGUCUUUUUGCGGUGUCCUUUUUUCUUCAUCAGCUACUGUAAAGGGUAAAUAAUUGAGAUUGAGGUGGUGCACUAAUAAAGGCAAAAGUCAUUUGGAAUGUCAGUAUUACUCUUGCAGACCUGCACACAGAGAAUCAGCUUUAUUUUAAUUUUUGUUUGCUUUAAUUUGGAUGUUUUUGACAACCUAUGUUGAGGUUUGAAGAAGCCAAAAGGCCUUGGAAGUUAGUUCUUUUAAAGAAAAAUAACACUUUAGGGCCUAGGGAAAUAAUAUAUUCACACUUAAUAUGUAAUAUACUACAAGUACAUGCCAUAAAAGACAAGAUAAGAGGUUAGAGCAACUUAAGACGUAUUAUCCCUAUAAGUGAAGAAAUGACAGAGAGCUACAGUGAUGAAACAACUUUUAGUUUGACAUACUUGAAAGGUUGUACUGCUGCGGUUUCUUUGAUCUCUACUGUAUAACACUGUUUAUAUGUUGUGCAUAACAGCUCCCUUUGACACUGUAGCUUAAAACGUGCACUGAAUAAAGCAACAUUAUCUAGUACUGUGUAUUCCACUGUUACAAGGGACAGACUUCCAGCUUGAAAAGCCAUGUCUCACCUGUAGAGACUCUCUGUGGACGCCAGAAAGCUGAUAGUAAGCGCAUGUUUAUAUUGGCUUUAUCAGCUUUACGUUGGCUUUAUCAACUGGCAAAGUCGGCAACAGAAAUGAAAUCAUGUAAACCCUUGCGUACAUUCUGGCCAAGUUCAGCUUGCAGUACAUUUGUGUGUCCUUAUGCUUGUGGCUGCAAAUACUGAACGUGACCAGUGUCACCCACACUGGGGCCAAGGCACAGCAAAAUGCCAGUUACUCAGAACAUGCAGCUCAUGUUUCACUGUGGAUGUUUCUUGUGUCACAUAAGAUACCAGAGGACUUUAACCACCAUAAGAUGGUACGAGUCCUUCACUUCUCUUAGGUUAGGAUCAAGCAUUUACUUCAGAGCACUUCUUCCUGUUCGACUGUGGCAUUGGGUUCAGUUAGAAGAGAGUACCUCUGAUGAAAACUGCCCUCAUAAUCAUUGUAAAGCCAAAGCCUUUAGUUGUCAAUGCUAUGUUUACGUCAAAACUUAAAGAUGCUUCUCAUGCUAAUACAAUUUUAAUCAUUAAAGAAUGUUUAUUAAAACCUAAA